AUGUCUGGUCCCAUCUCACAAGUGGCCCCGGUUGAUUUGGCUGUGAGUACAACAGCAAUAGGCUCUGCUGUAGCCGACAUUGCCGAGCAAAAUAAGUACAUGACUGUGGUCAAAGCUCCGUCCCUGGUUGCGCGCAAUUUGUUGGUUCCACCUCUCAAUUUCUCCAUGGUUGCUUCCGGAGUGUAUCGCUCAGGAUAUCCGGGUACCAAAAACUACUCAUUUCUGCGGAAGCUAGGCCUGCGCACAGUAGUAUGUCUCUCAGACAUCGAAAACUUGAAUGCAGAUUUCUAUCAGACAGAAGGUAUCCGAUUCAUCCACAUGCCCAUAGUUGGCAAUAAGGAACCAUUCACUCGGAUUCCUGAAGAUGUAGCGUCGGAGGUGCUGGACACUCUCUUAGAUCGUCGCAAUCACCCAGUCUUGAUCCACUGCAAUAAGGGAAAACAUAGAGUUGGCUGUAUGAUUGGCUGCCUGCGGAAAGCACAGAAGUGGUCCAUGAUCUUUCUGUUCGAUGAAUAUCAACGCUUCUCUGGUACCAAGGUCCGUAUCUUAGAUCAACAGUUUAUUGAGCUCUUCAACAUUGACACUAUCGCAAUCGACAAGAGGAAGCAAUUGGCGGAGUGGUGAUAGAUCGAAUACAACGAUUCCAGGCAUGAAACCGAACGCAUUCGGGCACUGGAAUCUCCUUUAUACGCGCACUCAAGUGCCUGUGCGCAUGUACGAUCGAGCUGUUGAUAAAGUGUCUCUGUGGGCAGUUACGUACAGACCGAGGUCAGCGACCCACCUAUUUUCAGCCUACUGUGUGCUGUUUUAUCUGAAAUCCCAGUUUUCUGUCCGCGUGAGCUGCUAAAAUAUUAUGGAUGAUAUCAAAUCUGUCAUAUCGUGGAGAAAGACUUCGUCCUUGACCCUAGUACUGCCGCGAAAGCGUCGAUACAUAAAUAGUCGACGUUUUUGAGGACUUCAUGGUUAGCAUUUGCCCUCACCAAUCGUUAGGCUGAGCCGCUGGAAAUGUGGGGAGCAUAUCGUACGAAUUUACCGUGGCUGAAGCGCAUUAAUUUAAUCCCACAAAAUACCGGUACUUGAGCCCGUCCAAAAUCUGGUAUAUACCUUUUUCGGUGUGAAUGAACACCAAUUUUGUAUAAACAUAAGCGCCAACAUGGUCAGGGAAGAGAAAUUAUGCGGGUGAAUGAGGUGUCAUGGCACCACAGAGCGCUUGCAGUGGCAUUCGAUUCUCGCGGAUUGGCCUCAGAUAUUACUAUUCACAUCGUUGUAUGUUUCAGUUCAACAGUGAGGAAGCUAAAG